AUGUAUGAGAAAACAAUUAUAGCAUUGCUGUACCUCAGCAAGUGGUACGUUCUCUUGGGAUCUGCUGUCGCCGUUUUGGCCCUCUACAGAUACAUCACGGUUCAGUUGAUUAUUAGAAAGCAUGGCUGCAAGGAUCCUAUUAAGUUCACACAAGGUGGAUUUCUCUGUAUUCCUAUCAUCCUUGAAUUACUUAGAAGAAUGAAAACAGGUGAAAUGAUUGAUGAAGGUUUUAGACUCUUCAAUGAGUACCCCGAUACCACUCAAUACGUUAACCUAUUUGGUGUCAGAGUUUUGCUUACGGGUGAACCAGAGGUAUACAAGGCAGUUUUGGCAACCCAAUUUAACAAUUUUGCUCUUGGAUUUAGACAUUCUCAUUUCGCUCCUUUGUUGGGAGAUGGGAUCUUCACCUUGGAUGGCGAAGGUUGGAAAAAUUCCAGAGCUAUGUUGAGACCACAGUUCGCUAGACAACAAGUUUCUCAUGUCCAAAUGUUGGAACCUCAUAUCCAGACCUUGGCCAAGCACAUCAAAGCUAGAAAGGGUACCACAUUUGAUCUUCAGGAGUUGUUCUUCAGACUCACCAUGGACUCAGCUACGGAAUUUUUAUUUGGUGAAAGUGUGAGGUCGUUGCAUGACGAGGUUAUUGGUAUGCAGAGACCAGACAUUGAAGGUAUUUCUAAUUUUUCUGAAGCAUUUAACACGUCUCAGCGCUAUCUUGCUGUUAGAGCCUAUUCCCAGGUUCUUUACUGGUUGACCAACCCUAAAGAAUUCAGAGACUGCAAUGCAAAAGUGCAGAAGGUAGCACAGUACUUCGUGAACAAGGCCUUGUCUUUUUCGGAUUCUGAAUUGGAAGAAAAGUCGAAGAAAGGAUACAUCUUCUUGUACGAAUUGACCAAACAAACUAGGGACCCAAAGGUCUUGCAGGAUCAGUUGUUGAAUAUUUUGAUUGCUGGUAGAGAUACUACAGCAGGACUUUUGUCGUUUACCUUCUAUGAGUUGGCCAGAAAUCCAGCAAUCUUUGAAAAAUUGAAAGCUGCAAUCUAUGCUGACUUCGGAAGAGGUGAUGUUAGUGAAAUCUCAUUUGAGUCUUUGAAAAAGUGUGAAUAUUUGAAGUUUGUUUUGAAUGAGGCCUUGCGUCUCUAUCCUUCAGUUCCAGUAAAUUUCAGAGUUGCUACCAAAGACACUGUUCUACCAACAGGUGGUGGACCCGACGGCCAGUCGCCAAUGUUUGUCAGAAAGUACACAACUGUAGCGUACGGUGUCUACUUCACUCAUAGAAUGAAGCAAUUUUAUGGUGAAGAUGCAGAAGUAUUCAAGCCAGAAAGAUGGGCUGAAAACAGGAAGUUGGGAUGGGCCUACCUUCCAUUCAAUGGUGGUCCAAGAAUUUGCUUAGGGCAACAAUUUGCUUUGACUGAAGCCUCUUACGUUGUUGUCAGACUUAUUCAAAUGUUCCCCAAUAUUGUGAGCAAGGAUGACGGUCCUUAUCCACCUAGAAAGUCUGUUCAAUUGACCAUGUGUCUUCAGGAUGGAGUCAAGAUCCAAAUGUCCUAG